ACCAACAAGGAAGAAGAUUAACUAGAGAACACUAAAAUGCCUCAAGUCACCACCAACGGUCAAAUUCAAAAUCUUACCGAUUCAGAUCUCAAUCAUGUGAUUUCCAAAGAUUGGCAAGGGCAUGUUGUUGAGCAGUACAUUAGCCCAAUCCUGCCUAAGAGUACGGUCCCUUUUCAACAUGUUGGAAAUCAAAAUGCUGGUUCGGAGGCAGCUGUUGUAUAUCGCAUCAAAAAUAAAGAAAACAAAAAUUAUAUCGCAAUUGUAGCUUGGUCAAACGACUCCAAUUCUCCUAAGAAGGUCUAUACAUUGGUUGCUGUUCCACCCACGUCCUAUACUGAAGAUUAUUGGCGAGUAAUUAGUGAUGAUCUGCACAAUUCCAGCAAUAGCAGCUUUAGCAUACUUGAUGGUUGCACCUCAAAAGUUCAAAUUGGAGAUGGAGAUUCCCCACCACUUUCAGCAGCAAUAAGUUAUGCUGAUUAAUUGGCUGAAGUAAUAGGCUGUCAAAAUUACUAAGUAAAUAAAGUGCCUUGUGCACUAGCACUCUCAGACUAUUAGAGUGAAUUUGGCAGCCUGUAGACUAUUACUGUGUUUACGUGUUUGUAAUGUAAUAUUUUAGUUUUCUUAUGGAUCGCAAAUCCCAUGGGGAAAUAUCAAAUAUCAAUAAAGAAUUACACCCCUUGUU